GAAACUCAUCGCAUUAAGAAUAUUAGCAGUCAAGCCAUUGAAUUCGCACAGAUUGCAAGCAUGAUUUCAACAAAAUUAUUGUGUCUAGCCGCCGUAAUGGGUGUGUUGGCUGUAAGCCAAGCCGCCGAGGAAAGAAUCUACCGUAUGUGUGUUCCUCAAAAAUAUUAUGAGGAUUGUUUGACCCUCUUGAAGGAUCCUUCAGAGGCCGGUAUUAAUAUGCAAUGUGUAGCCGGUAGAGAUCGUAUUGAUUGUUUAGAUAUGAUUAACGAACGUAAAGCCGACGUUUUGGCUAGCGAACCAGAAGACAUGUACGUAGCUUAUCACACCAAAAAUGAAGAUUUCAGAGUCAUCUCCGAAAUUAGAACUAAGGAUGACAAAGAUGCCGAUUUCCGUUACGAGGGUAUUAUCUUAGUUAAGAAAAACUCUAACAUUCACAGUUUGAAGGAUUUACGCGGUGCUAAGUCCUGCCAUACUGGUUACGGUCGCAACGUUGGUUACAAAAUCCCAAUUACCAAAUUGAAGAAUAGCAAUAUUCUUAAAGUAUCUAUGGAUCCCGAAAUAACCGCCACCGAACGUGAACUUAAAGCUUUGUCGGAAUUCUUUACUCAAUCCUGCUUGGUCGGCACCUACUCUCCCCACCACGAAACUGAUCGUUUAUUGAAAAAGAAAUACUCCAAUUUGUGCGCUUUAUGCGAAAAUCCCGAACAAUGCAACUAUCCCGAUAAAUACUCUGGCUAUGAUGGCGCUAUUCGCUGUUUGGAUAAAGGCAAAGGUGAUGUUGCCUUCACUAAAGUGCAAUUCAUCAAGAAAUAUUUCGGUAUGACUCCUGGCACUACCGCUGAGGGUGAUGCUUCCGAAUUUGAAUAUUUGUGUGAAGAUGGUACCAGACGUCCCAUUACUGGACCUGCUUGCUCUUGGGCCCAACGUCCCUGGACUGGUUAUGUUUCCAAUUACGAUGCCGUUAAGGGUCAAGAAAAAUUGCACAAAUUGCAACAACGUUUGGAAAAAUUCUUCGACAACGGCUUGCACGCUCAAAACAAAGAAAGCGCCGCUCAUUUGUUGAUUAAAGAAGAUGCUGUCUACCACAACAAGCCCGAAGCUGUCGAUCCUAAAGUAUAUUUGGAACGUGCUGGUUACAAAGAUGUUAUCGAACGUGAUGGCAGUGCUAUUAGAAAGAUGAAGAUGUGUGUUCAAACCGAAGCCGAAUACAAUAAAUGCGAAACUUUACGCCGUGCUGCUUAUUCUCGUGACAUCCGUCCUGAAUUGGAAUGCGUCCAAGAGAAAGAUUGCGUUAUUGCUGUUAAAGAAGGUAAAGCCGAUUUAGCAGCCAUCCACGCUAACAACUACAAAGUAGCUCGCAGUGAUAAACUCAAGCCUGUUGUUUAUGAAAGCUAUGGUGAAAAUGAUGUGUAUGUAGCUGUUGUGGAACCUACUUUGACUCAUCAAAAUUUGCAAACCAUGCCUAUUCACUACAACGGACAAGAUGAACGUGCUCACCAAGCUGCCGCUUACUUAAACAAAUUGCGCAAUAUCAACACCUGCCAAACUACACCUUCCUCUGAAAAGAACAUUAUGAUUGUUAACGCCAAGGAUUUGGAACAAUGGAAAAACAAACAAUUGUUGUGCGCCAACUUGGAAAAGAAACCCGUCACUGAAUGGCGUGCUUGCAAUUUGGAAGCUCAUUUGCCCGUUGGCAUUUUCAUCCGCGAAUCCAUGACCCCUGUGGAACAAGAAACCAUUAAACACUUGUUUGUCUCUCUUUCUGAAAAGUUCGGUCACAACGGCAGAUUUGAAGAUGUCUUCAAUCUCUUCGGUGAAUACAAGACUCAUGAGAAGAAUAUUCUCUUCAACGACCGUGCCGUCAAAUUUGUCACUGAAUUAACCAACGAGCACACCAACGAGGAAAUCUAUCAUAGUUUGAGAUGUGAAGCCAAUCUCAUCAAGAAACAUUGAGUUUUCUUUUGUGGAUUGUGUAAAACUAUUCUCAAAAAAG